CAGCCUCAUACCUUGCCCACCCUCCCCUGUCCUCUCCCCUCCUCCCCCCGCUGUGGGGAGGUCGGGACUCCCUCUUUUAUCGCUGCUGCCGUGCAGCGGUCCGUCAGUGUGCCAGCAGUCCGCGCAGAGCGCAGAGCGCAGCGCCACGCUGAUCAUCCCGCCUGUCACACGGAGGACCUCCGCACCUUCACUGGAUUUCAAAGCCGACAGGAGCGGAUAAACCUGAGCCGAGCAAGGUGAGGUGAGGACAAGGACAAGAUCUGCAUCUGCCCCAUCUGUCCAUCAACGAACCAAGUGCCUUGGUGCCGGCCACCCUCAGGUCACCUCAACCACGACGGGGCGCCAAACAAUAUAAGUCUUGACCCGGGGUCCCCCAGACGGCCUGCACAAAGCAAAUAUUUGAGGCCAUUAUAUCUCAUUUCUCCCGGCAGUCGUCGCUGAAAAGAUCAACAGUGAAGGGUGUUGUUGGGAGACGGAAAGAGAGAAGAAAAAGUGGGGGAGGAAAGAAGUAACCCUUUCAAAGUGCACCCCGCCUGCUAUUUCUGCUGCGCUGUGGGCAGGGAGCGUCUCAUUUUGGAGUGCUCUUGGCUGACAAAAAAAGGACUUCCCUGUGCCCUGCCUGCCUAUUCAAAUGCCUGUGUAAAUACUGGAUAGAGAUAUCAAUUUGUCUGGGCUCUAGCAUCGCCCAACAAAGAGACUGGAAGCUAUCUAUAGAAGACCUUACAACAAACUUGGACUCUGUGGUCUCCUGAAUUGCUACCUAUCUAUUACCCGUAAAGGAGGAUUCAAAAGCUGUGAGAACAGGAAUGCCCAGAACACUUAGAAGCUUUCACUUGGUUUGAAAUCUUCACAGGGCCAAGAACUGCUCUCGGAGGGACGCCAGAAGCUGAUUUGGGAGCUGCAGUUUUGAUGUCGUUCCCAGCUCAGUGAAUCAACAUGAAGCCCCUCACGCCAAUUGGAUCGCCCUCUCCUCUGAGGCUCCUCAACAAGGGUCCAGACUACCUGCGCAGGCAGAUAGAUUGCGGAAGCCAAGGCCGCUCAAUAAGUGCUGUGGAGAGACUUGAGGCAGACAAAGCCAAAUAUGUGAAGAGCCAGCAGGUGAUCAACACCAAACAGGAGCCUGUACUGGUGCCCUGUGCCACGCCACCUCCACAGCCCCGGCGAGCCAUCUCUGUCCCAGGUAGUCUGACGCCUCAUCUUCCUCCACGGCGUUCAUCCAACACUCCCUUCUCAACUCUCUCCGGCUCCUUCACCUCAAGAGAUGAAAAUGAAAACGAUGACUCCAGGAAGGAGAACAGACGGACCUCCGUUGACGUCGAGGCACAUAACAGGAGCAACGUGAAGAAUGCGAUGCCUCCCAUCCCCAAGACUCCUGGAAAUCUCAGCCUGGUAGCGCCACACAGUGCGCCUGUGCUCAGAAGAAGUACAGGCAAGCGCAUGCUCCGGCCGGACUCCCUCCUGAUUUACAGGCAGAAGAAAGAGUGCAAGAGCCCCAGUGUUGCAGCAAUUGGAGAGAACGGCAACAUGGAGGUGAAGGGCUACAGCUUUGUCCGUCGCCUCUUCCAGGGCUCCAUGAGGGAGAAAAGUGGGGGAGGCGAGGGCAGAAUCCAGAAGAUGGUGAUCGGUGAAGAGAAAGCACCAUCGCGGGACGGCGACUCCCGCAUGUCGUGGACCAAUGACAAAGACGCUCCAGAUGGUGGGCCAGGGAGCAGGAGGUCGAGUAAAACAGACCAAGAACGCAGCCCGGGGUCGAUCCCCAGCCCUGGGUUGAGCCCAAGGCUUGAACGAACAAAGAAUGGAUUUACAAAUGGUACCAGCGAUGGAGUUAAUGGUAUCACCAACAGCAACCACUCAGGUGAUCAUGAUGAUGAGAAUGACCCAUGGAGGCGGGCGUCUCCCCCGCCUGUACCCAGACGGAAGUUUGGGGAGCUGCAGCGCUCUAAGUCGGACUUGCGCCUGCGCUGCUCGGCGGCGUUAUCCGAGCAGGAGCAUUUCUUUGACUUCUGCGGGCUGGACGGGGACAUGAUUGAGCGUCUGGGUCGAGAGAACUUCCUCUCCGGCGCCAGCUCCAUAGACACACUGUCAUUGGCCCUCCGCAGCGUGGGCGGGGACGGCUGCGGCGGCUCCGAGCCCAGCGAGUUCUCCCGGCACUCGGGAGACGGGCUGUUUCAGGAGGAGCUGACCGAGCAGCUUCCCACCGGCGUGUCGAUCAUUGAGAGAAACGCUCGGGUCAUCAAGUGGCUUUACGGGUGUAAGAACGCUGCUCGAGAGGGACCCAAAGAGUCUACUGUUUAAUAAAAGGGACAAGGAACCAUUUGCCAUGAACAGCAGAGAGUCUGAAGGUUUCUGAUAAGAAAUUAAAUCAGGGGAUCCGUACAUCUGUCCCCAGAGAUAAGAAACUAAUCAGUGAAAUCACCCGGUGUAGCAGCGUUUCCCGUCGUGCAGAUAUUUGCUGCUGAAACUCACCAUAAACCUAAAGUCAAAGCAUUGAAUCGUCACUGGAUUGUACUUGAAUUUCAAAAACUACAUUCAGUAUUAGCUCGCAGCAUUGCUUUGAUGCCUCACAGAAGAAAAAAAGUCGCUGAAUGACACCGACUUUGGGUUCGUUUCAGCUGUUAAUGUCUGCACGUAGGGUUGUUUCGUGGCACAUGAUUACCUUUGGUCCCUCGUCUUCAACUCCAAAGAAACUGUUUCCUCAAAUGAGCGGACAAUAACUGCCUCUAGUUAUCUCCUGUCAAAUUGAUAUGUUGUAUUUAUAGAUCCUAUGGAAGUAUUGUGUGGGUAUAGACUGACCUUACUGGCAAAUGGAACCAUUUCUCCAAGCAAAAUGUUUUGUCAUCUGUGUAUGUAUGUGUGUGUGUUUGUGUGUGUGAUUGUGUUUGGAGUGAACGUCGAUGUCCUCUCCAUUUGUAGCUUUUGUUUCAGUCGAGCCGGAUUCAGAACUGAGCUGAAAUCAGCCCCCAUGUGAGCCCAUCACAAGGCACAUAAGUGUAUGUUCGUCAGGACACAGCGGACACAGUGUCAGCGUCCUUGACACCGACACUCUCACUUAAUGAUUAAAUUAAAAUGGAAAACCACUAAGCUAUGUUUUUUUUCUAAACUGGAAAAACUGUUGUGCGAGUGUGAAGUGAACCGUGAGUACCUCAUUCGGAUCUGUCCCAGUUUAGUUUGUGUUGCUUUUUUUCUUUCUUUUUUUUUUUUACUUAAACGCAGGCGUUGGAACAAACAUGCGAGGCACCCCUGUGGGGUUGUUAAUGCACUGAACUGGACAGAGAGACAGAGACAGAGAGAAAAUAAACGGUAGAGAUGUAGCUUUUUACUCCUGAUGGAGAUUCAUCUCAUAUAACAUUAAACACUGAGCUAGAUUCAAAGGAGCAUCGAGGCGGAGGAAGACAAGGAGAGUCGUGCCUGGCCAGUCAUUUUUAAUUUUCAUCUCAUUGUCUCAUCUCUAACGAGGGUCAAUUCUCACACACUAUACACUGACCAAUCAUAACAUGUGACACAGGUAUUGAUUACCAUGCUAAUGUUAAGUGUUCACAUCUGUGAAACCUGCGGCGAUGACAAACGGGGGAAGAUUCCUGGGAGAGCAAAACUGGUAAAAGAAUAUUUCUCACAAAGAAGUUUCCAACAAUUAGAAAAAGAUUAAAUAAAAUAAUACGUUCACCUCCAAAAGUGAAAGGAGCUCAGCAUGUCAAGGCCUUGCAGCUGAAAUGUUUUGGGAUGUCACUUUCACCAUCUGGCAGUUUGCGGACGUCUAACCUCCCCAGCUGGCUCAGUCAGCCCCAUCAAAACAAGCCGAAGCCGCCCCUCCUUCCUGUGAUAAGCAGAGAUCCUACCUCACCUCAUCCAUCCUUCAGUGAUUCUCGCUUUAUCUCCAUGAAAGGUCAUUUCCAUCGCUUUGGCCUGGACUGAAACAUGAACUGGGGGUCUGCCGAGGUAUGCGAGAGGUCAGACCGAGAGGUAUUACUGAACACGAGGGCACGAUCUAUCUGUGCAUGUGAUAAAUUAACACAACUACUUGCAGCUUUGAUACGUUUUUUGCUUUUCUGUGAUUAGCGUCAGCAUGGCACACGCUCCCGAAAACUCCCUCGACCGGACUUUGUUUUGGUUUUCUAUAUUGCCCCCGUUUUAACAAAACAUUUGGUUGCAUGUUUACAAAGUGGCUCCAUAAAACUCUGAAUCUCUUGUUUUUAUUUGAUAUAUAUUUGAGAGAUUCAGUUUUUAUUCCAAAGACAUUUGUGUAUGAUGUACACAGCAAAUAAACACAAAGAAAGAAAUGUUGGUGUGAGGCUCAUUUAUUUGUGGUCUUUGUCGUGUUUUGGGGGUGAAAAUAAUUUGUGCACAUAUAGUGUCAAACAAAAGGUUUGGUGGAUAAAUCUUGACGCAUGAAAUGAUGAAAAUCCAGCUGUGAGUUGGUCAUUCUCUAAUCUUCUUAGCGGUUAAUGGUCGACUGAGUCUGUGUUGUGACGCCGUCCCGUCCUUGACUCCUCGCUGCCUCCCUCCAC